UAAUAGGAUCUCUAUGGCCAAACCCCUAUCUACGUCACUUCCGAAAUUUGAGAGAGAAGUGAGAUGGCAGAGCUGUCGCUAUAUCUCACUAAUGUCAACAUCUCUUUGGGGAAAACUAUGGACGCUGAAAAGAGCUCCAAUAUGGUGAAGGAGUUUGAGAGUGUGGAGCUGGGAGACAUAGGGAUGAAGAAGCAGAAGGUGCCCCGAAGAACAAUUUACUUUGCCAGUGGAGAGACCAUGGAGGAAUACAGCACAGAUGAAGAAGAAGAGGAGGAAGUGCAAGCUUCUAUAGCUGUUAAGACCUCAGCUGACCCUUCCAGGUUGACUUGGGGUCCAUAUUUUUUGUUUCACAUGUGGAGAGUGGCAACCUCCACUAUUUCAGGUAAAUAUGGUAUUAUGUGUACUAGACUAAAGAUACACACAUAUGAGUGUCAAAAUAUAUCCUAUAUAAAUGUAAUGUUUUGUGUCUUGGUAAUACUGUGCAUCUGCCUUGUGCUUUCAGUUUGUGACUAUCUUGGGGAGAGAAUGGCCUCAUUGUUUGGCAUUACGUCACCUAAGUACCAGUAUGCUAUCGACGAGUACUACAGAAUGAAAAAGGAGGAGGAGGAGGAGGAGGAGGAGAACCGGCUGUCUGAGGAGGCAGAGCGUCGUUUUGAGGAGGAGCGUGAACAGGAGAUGCAGCAGCCAGCCAUGGAGCAGCCGGAGGGUAAAGCCUCCUUCGUCAACGUCACCUUUGAGCUGGAUCAAGAUGCCACAUCUGAUGCCAACAGAUUCCCUGCCCCCAUCCCCACCUAACAGUUCAAUUAAAUGGACAUCUUCACAUUUCACGAUGUAGCCUCAGCAUUUCUGCUAAAGUGUAGUUCUUAUUUUUGUAUCAUAUUGAUCAUGUUCUAUUAAUAAGUCAGACAUGAGACAGAAUACAUAUUUUUUAGUUGCUGCGUUGUCAAUAUGCAUGAACUUUUGUGUGCAAUGAACAUUGCUGUGCGUCAGUGAAUGAGCACACACAUUAUAGAUAUGAUGCUUAUUUUAACUAUUUGCGGGUUUAAGAGAUCUGAUACAUUUUUUCAGGUACUUAAUAACAUUGUUGUACAAUAAGUUAGCAGCGAGAUAAGUGACCUUUCUAAAACCAUUCCAGAGGUGCAUAAUGUUAUUGGAAUAGUUUAUUUAUUUCAGUUGGAAAUUGUUUUUUAUAUUCAUUGUCAACCGUGACAAUUAUCCCCUUAAAAUACCCACAAAAAUCGUAUUGUUUUACUAUGACUAGUUCUCCAGUACUUUUCAGAAAGGUCAUCAAAAUGAUGUUGAGAACUGUCCUCCAGUUCUCCUUUAACAAAACUUCACACGUUGUUUGUUGGCAUCUGUGCUCACACUUCAAUCAUUACUAUUGUCCAGAACCAUACAUUUAGAAAUAGCUUUGCUGAAGUUGAUCUAAUCUGCCAUGAUCCCUUCUGAGUGUGUGUAUAAGGCUUGAGAAGGAAGCCCAGGGUAAAGCGAAACAUGUUUAAAAAAUAUCUACUGCUUUUCUUUUGAACAGCAGUCCCCAAAUAAUAUGAAAUGCCCCUUUAGUAGGGCUGGUGUAUUCACACUACACACCUUUACCCAAGGAAAGAAAAACUGAAAGGCCAACAUAAUUAUGUAAAAUCAUUUUGUGUUAAUGGAAAAACAGUUUAAUUUGAAGGCUUUUUAUAGUCAUUUUUAGAGUAAAAUACAUAGUAUUUUCAUUUUCUAUAGUAUGUACACUACAUUAAUAAACAGGUCAUACAACUGUUGUAUUUCGAAGUCUUGACAAGUUAUUUUUUAAACAACUGAGUUCCAGUGAGUGUGUCUAGAAUCUUUACCGUAACAUUUAUCUUCUUCUUGCUGAGUCUAGUAGUCCCCAGUUUGACUGAAGAUUCAUGUAUCGUCAAGGUCAGCUGUGUUGCUGUCGUUGUCAUUAGCAACCAGAACUUCCCUGUUUUCAUAAGUCCAGAAUCCGUUGAGAUCAAUGAGGAUGCUGGUUACUGUGUCUCCUUGGCUGCUGUUCACUAGAUCCUGCAGCGUGAUCUUGUAGGGAUCCUUUGGCUUCACCAUGUCAAAGAUCUCAUCCUGAAGGCACAACAUUGCAACUUUUUUUUAAAACAACUUAUUAAAAUCAUUUGAGUUAAUUAUUGAAAUCAUUAUUAAAGAUGGAAUCCACAGUGGGGAAAACAGCGCCACUGUCUGCCCCACAGCCGUUGUUUUUGUUUUGUUGAAGCAGAGCUGGGGAGCAUCACGCAUCAUGGUAAAAGAAAUGUCAGAAGAUAUGCUGCUGUUCUAUCACGCAUGCAAUGACGUCUGAGGGAAAAAACUGUUCUUUGCAGUAACUUCUUGUAAUAUCGCAAAUGAAAGUAUCACCAUUAAAGAUUCCAGUUUUAAAAACAAAAUCCCUACUAGUACAAAUGAGAAUGCAGUUUGAGACUGUAAAAAGCGUCAGGGAACUUCGAUUUUAUGGCAUGACAAAUUUGCAUCAAUGUAAAAUUUGUAUAAACAAACAGAAUAAAGCUUGGGGAAACACUGAA